CAUCCAUUAAAAUGGGUAAAAAGAGGACGGCGGAGGACAGAAGAAAACAAGCUGAGGAAAGCGGCUUCAACUUCGACGACGAGGACGUUGACGAUAAACCUGUCCCACGAUUUGUUCUGGGAUAUACCGAAAGAGUGUGCAAUGUACAGGUAGAGCUCUGGCAGGACUGUACUUCGGGGAUUCUUGACCCGGAAGGCAAAGCUACUGUUCAGACUGUGCGCAAUCACUUCCGUCGCUUUGUGUCAGGCUGGAAUCGCAACAACCCUAAAUCAUUGAUCACGAGAGAUUAUACGGAUUCCAUCACCAAUUAUAUUAAAGGGCCACUAAAGAAGAAGAUCGGGUUGUCAGACCUUAAAAGACCGAAAACGUACAUGACAAUCGAAAAUUUCAUGUACAUGGAAAGACAGCUUUGGCAGAGUGAUGGGCAUGAAUACCUUCACGAUGGAUAUCGUGUCUUGAUUAGUGCCAAACUGAAAUGUCAUGUGUUCACCUCAGCUAGAGUGGGUGAGAUAAGUGAGAGCUCUAGUCGAGCGGGCACUGGGAAUGGGCUGCUUUACAAGCAUACGGAGAUGUUAGUCGCAUGGAAGAAUGGAGAGCCAAAGCUGCGCUACAGUCUUAAACGGGAGUUUGCGAAAGGGAUGCACGACAAGGAAGAUCAGCGUGACAUUCAGCAGAUUUUGGACGUGAAACCACCAUCUGAUCAAGGAUACUGGGUUUUGGACUGGGCAGAUCAUGUUAAGGAUCUCCCAGUGUUUCCAACAAUGACUGCAAAGGGUAUGACCCAGAAGAUUCAAACGGCUGGUGCGUUUGCCAAUCAGAUCAGGGGUCUAUCAAUACGUGCAGGAAUGGAACGACCCGUGACACCAUAUGGAAUCCGCCGAGAAUGCCUGAUCCAAGCUACAAGUAACGGUUACUCCAAGGAUGAGUUGAUGAAGUUUGCUGCUCAUACAAACCAAAUGACACUAACCAGGGACUAUUUGAGCUCCAUUACGCAUGUGGAUGGUCAAGGAAGUUUUCUCAAAAUGCCCCUGCGGAGCGAUCAAGCCGAGGACUUCCGUUCAAUAACUGUCAAAAGAAAUCCAGAUCUUUUUCUCUCUUUGCCUGCAAAGGCACAGGAUGAACUAAGACAGCAACCUGAUUAUGUUGUCAUUUCCGAGCAGCUCAAGGAUCUAGCUUCCAAGACGGAUGCUCAAAGCAGAAAAGACAAAAGCCGACUUAUCUCACGCAGACGCAAGCUUGAGAAAGCGGAGCUAGACAAAGCUCGCAGUUCCCAGUCCCGGGUGCACCCAAAAGAUCGCGAAGAGCUAGAGAGGCAUUAUGUAGACCAGGACCGUUCCCGGUUUGGGCGCCUGAAACACAUGAUGCUGGAGCGCAGACGUCUCUCCAACGCACUAUUUCAGGUGGCUGAUCUAAGGAGCGAGAUUGGAAUUUCGGCCAUAAAAGAUCUUUAUGGUCUUUUAAAGAACGAUUGCCAAGUUGCGUAUUAG